AUGGAGACUGACGCUGCACCGAGUGGGCAGGACGAACCAGAGGGUUCGUCCACGAUUGAUCCUCCUCCCUCCACGGAGGCAUCGGCCGAGGAGGAGCCCGCCCCUGUCGAGCCACCACUCGAAGAGGAGCCCGCCCCUGUUGAGGCGCCACCGGUGGCGGAGCACGUCAAGCGGAUUGAGACCGACAUCGCGACCAACCUCUACAAUACCGAUGCCUGGCUGGCCCUCAUCAACGAGGCCAACCGGCACAGCAGUGACAUGUCCUUCCUACGCGAGGCCUACGAGCGAUUCCUCAAGAUCUUCCCCACGGCAGGCCGAUACUGGAAGCAAUACGCAGAGCACGAGAUGACGGCCGGCAACUACGCCAACGUGGAGAACAUCUUUCGGCGCUGCCUCCUCACGUGUCCCAACAUGGACCUGUGGCGGUGCUACCUGACCUACAUACGGCUCAUCAAGGACGGCAAGCCCGACGAGCGCGAGUCGGUGCUGCGCGCCUUCGAGUUCGCCAUCGAGCACAUGGGCAUGGACCUCAACGCCACCCACAUCUGGCGCGACUACAUCCAGUACGCCAAGGCCGGGCCCAAGCCGGCCAACCAGUUCGAGGAGAGCCAGAAGGUGGCCACCGUGCGCCGGCUCUACCAGCGCGCCAUCGAGAGCCCCAUCAGCAACCUCGAGUCGCUGUGGAAGGAGUACGACGCGUUCGAGAGCGGCGUCAACAAGCUCCUGGCCAAGCCCCUCAUCGCCGAGUACGCCGGCAAGUACAUGACCGCCCGCGCCGUGUGCCACGAGCGACGCGGCUACGUGGACGGCCUCCAGCUCAACAUGCUCCCCGUCCCGCCCACCCACACCCCCCAGGAGGCACACCAAGUGCGCCUCUGGCGUCGCCUCAUCAACUUUGAAAAAACGAAUCCUGAGCGCACGCCGGAUGAGCGGCUGCGAAGACGCGUGGGGUUCGCCUACAACCAGGCCCUCCAGUGCCUCUACCACUUUGCCGAGAUCUGGCACGAGGCCGCCCAGUACCAAAUCGACAACGGCGCUCCCGAGGAGGGCCAGACGAUCUACGAGCGGGCGGUGAACGCGCUGCCGACGAACCUGUUCCUGCACCUGGCCUACGCCGAUCUGCUCGAAUCCGGCAAGCGGGUGUCCGAGGCCAAGGAGAUCUACGAGCGCAUCAUCCAGCACACGCCCGGCACCAACACCCUCGCCCACAUCCACUACCUCCGCUUCCUGCGACGAACCGAAGGGCCGGACGCUGCGCGCAAACUCUUCGUCAAGGCCAAGAAGGCUCCCGGCACCACCUAUCACCUCUACGUCGCCACCGCGAUGCUGGAGUACCACGCGAACCGGAAUGUGGACUAUGCGCGGGACGUGUUCAACGCGGGCCUCAAGAAGUUCAUCGGGGAGCCCACCUACGUGCUCCACUACCUCCGCUUCCUCAUCCAACUCAACGAAGACAACAACGUGCGUGCGGUGUUUGAGAGGGUGCUCGGGAGCGCGGAGAUGGCCAACGAGCGAACGGCCGAGCUGUGGAACGCCCUCCUCGAAUUCGAGUACGCCGCCGGCGACCUCGCCUCCAUCCAAAAGCUCGAGAAACGCCGCGCCCAGAUCUUUCCCGAACUCGAGCCGGCGAGUGUGCCGUCGCUGGUGCAGCGAUACCGGUUCCUGGACCUGUGGCCGAGCGAGCCGUCCGAGGCCUACCUCCCGCUCUCGUUCGGCGUCGGCGCCGCCGCCGGCAAGUCGGCCGACGCACGCGACGAGCGACCCAAGAUCGUGGCUCGCCCCGACACCUCCAAAAUGAUCGCCUUUCGCCCCGAGCUCGAGGCGCCUCCGCCAGAAUCGCACGCGAUCCCUUCCCUCGGGCACGAAGCGGGUGGCGGCCACCGGCAUGGGGGCGAUGAGGGGGGGCCGACGAUGACCAUGGCGCCGUUCUCGCCGCCGCCGUUCAGUCCGACCAACCUGCCCAGCAUGAGCCCGCGCUCGCCCACCACGCUCGCCGCCGCCGGGGGGUCCGACGGGGGUCCGGCCCGGCUCUUCGCUUACUACCUGCCUCUCUUCCCUCCGGCCGACUCCUACUACGGUCCUAUGGUCAAUCUCGACGGGUUGGUCGCACUUCUCCGACAGACGAACAUCCCGCCAUCGGCCCUUGUGCCGCCCGCAGGUGGCGGGGAUGUAGGAGGCCGGAAGCGCAAGGCGGCGGAGGAUCACCACCACCCGCCACCCAUGCACAUGGGCGGCGGUGGUGGAGGCGGCGGCGGCGGCGGCGGCGGACCGGCUCCCCAGAACGCGCCGCCGGCGAGGGACAUCUUUCGGCAGCGCCAGGCCGCCAAGCUCACCCGCUUCAAGUGA